AUGGCAUCAGAGACACUAUGUAAAGUGGGAGAUGGGGAGGAGGCCAUGCUGCAGAAGGAAAGCCUCAACGUUCUGAAUGCACUCGAUCAAAUGUCGAAGCCCUUUCCAAACCCCAAGUCUAUGAACAGGACCGUCACUACCAAAGGACUCCCACUUUCCGCAAGGGGCAGUUUGGUUAACUUCUUGCAGGAAGAUACCAUCAAUCUAAUGAAGCCGAUGCCAGUGGAGGACUCUGAAUGCAGUUCUGACGACACCAGCAUCUCCCCCAUCUCAUCCACCUUGCUGAAUCCCAUCAAACUGGCUGUGACCCAGCCCAACAGCAGCUUCUUCGCAGGGAUGCUGGAGAGUGAGCUGAAUAAACUCAGCUUCUCCUCGGUGGGCAAGGAUACAGAAAAGAGGGACCUGGCCCUCUGCCCCCACCAGUCGAAGUCCCAAAUCACCCCUGGGGGCCUGCUGGACCUUGACAACCCUGAGCUGGACACAGACACCUCCUCGACCCCCUCAGAGUCCUCUGUGGUCAUGGACGUGCCGGAGGCACCCUUCAUCUGUGAACACACUGUCAGCGAUUCCACGGCUGUGAUUUCCUGGACCUAUGCCCUGGGCAAGCAGCAGGUCAGUUUCUACCAGGUCCUGUUGCAGGAGGUGGCCAAGACAAAUGACAAUGAGCCACCCAAGGCAAAGAAUCGCCCAUGGAUCUUCAACAAGAUCUUGGGCACCACCGUCAAGCUGAUGGAACUGAAGCCUAACACAACUUACUGCCUCACCGUCCGUGCAGCCAACACAGCUGGGGUGGGGAAGUGGUGCAAGCCCUACAAAUUUGCAACCGUGGCCGCUGACUUGAACAGCUUCCCUGAGAACAACCCCAUCCAGAUCACUGUGCAGCGCAAGGAACCCCAGAGGAAAACCGUGUCCCUAGGGCUGGAGGACAUGCGGAAGCUCGAAGAUCUGGAAUACCUAUUUCCCUACUAA